AACCUGCCGGAGAGAGCGGGAUUUGGGGGGCGCUAAAGUCGCAGGGGCCGGGCGGGAAGGAAGAUCCGGAGCGGGUCGCAGGAUCCGGAGCUGGAGCCCCCAGGCAGAAGCCAGCCGGGGCGAACACACCUUCAGCGCCCGCCUUGCUCCCCCAGAGGAAGGUUUUGAACAGGGCCAGCCUGCACACUGCCGAUCAAGCCUGCUGAAACAGCCUGCCUUCUGGGUAUCAGUUAUUAGAGUGGAUUAGUGUGCCAAAUCCCCGGAGAGAAGGCUGUGAUCUCAUAAGAGAAGACCUAGAGAAUCCCUAAGCUGACCGGAAAGACGGCAAGCCACAGAAGACAGCUGAACCCACAGGAUGAAUGAAAAUCCAGGGACCGAGAACACGCGUGGAGACAGUGCCGAGAGCUUCCUACAGGUCGCCCCACCUCCUUGAAACACAGAGAACUUUCCGUCUGUGAAGAAGCGAGCGGGUCUGCACAAGUGAGGCCGGCUCCAUGUAUCCAGAAUCCACCACGGGCUCCCCAGCUCGGCUCUCCCUGCGGCAGACAGGCUCCCCCGGGAUGAUCUACAGUACUCGGUAUGGGAGUCCCAAAAGACAGCUCCAGUUUUACAGGAACCUUGGCAAGUCCGGCCUGCGGGUCUCCUGCCUGGGGCUCGGAACAUGGGUGACCUUCGGAGGCCAGAUCACCGACGAGAUGGCAGAGCAGCUAAUGACCUUGGCCUACGACAACGGCAUCAACCUCUUCGAUACCGCGGAGGUCUACGCGGCCGGCAAGGCUGAAGUGGUCUUAGGAAACAUCAUUAAGAAGAAGGGAUGGAGACGGUCCAGCCUUGUAAUCACCACCAAGAUCUUCUGGGGCGGAAAGGCCGAGACGGAGCGGGGCCUCUCCAGGAAGCACAUCAUAGAAGGUCUGAAGGCCUCGCUGGAGCGGCUGCAGUUGGACUAUGUGGACGUGGUGUUCGCCAACCGCCCCGACCCCAACACGCCCAUGGAAGAGACGGUGCGGGCCAUGACCCACGUCAUCAACCAGGGGAUGGCUAUGUACUGGGGCACGUCGCGCUGGAGCUCCAUGGAGAUCAUGGAGGCCUACUCGGUGGCCCGGCAGUUCAACCUGAUCCCGCCCAUCUGCGAGCAGGCAGAGUACCACAUGUUCCAGCGCGAGAAGGUGGAGGUGCAGCUGCCUGAGCUGUUCCACAAGAUCGGCGUAGGCGCCAUGACCUGGUCCCCGCUGGCCUGUGGCAUCGUGUCCGGGAAGUACGACAGUGGCAUCCCGGCCUACUCCAGGGCCUCCCUGAAGGGCUAUCAGUGGCUGAAGGACAAGAUCCUGAGCGAGGAGGGCCGGCGCCAGCAAGCGAAGCUGAAGGAGCUGCAGGCCGUCGCCGAGCGCCUGGGCUGCUCCCUCCCGCAGCUGGCCAUCGCCUGGUGCCUGAGGAACGAGGGUGUCAGCUCCGUGCUCCUGGGUGCUUCCAAUGCAGAGCAGCUCAUGGAGAACAUCGGGGCAAUACAGGUCCUUCCAAAACUGUCCUCGUCCAUCAUCCACGAGAUCGACAGCAUUCUGGGCAAUAAACCCUACAGCAAAAAGGACUACAGAUCCUAAGUCGGCCCCGCCACCCACCAGGACACUUUCCGGCCCCCUCCUCGUCUGUUCGCUGCUUACGCUGUUUCCACGCCACGUGCAGAGUGGGUUUGCAUCCAGGAGAACCCGCCACGCCCAGACACCAUCGGCCGUGACCUCUGAGUCUCUGUCAGACGCCGCCUGCUGCUUCGCCAGACGCUGUGGGGCCUGUGCCCGGGGACGGCGUCGGUCCCGUGCCCACCCGUAGCCUUGCUCCUCCUCCGGGAGAAACCGAGUUCGUACCCAGCCUUUCAUGGAGACUCCCAAAGCCAAGGCCAGGCCGAGACCUGGCUGGGUCCUCAGGGCAGGCAGGGCGGGCCUCUCCCCUGCCACACCCCCACUGGGGUCUUCUCCUGUCCCCCGCUCCCCACCUGCUCCAGGCGCACUGUGCCGGGCCCAAGCCCAGGCCCCUCCUGCCACCCUGUCCACCCCAGUCCGGCCCUGUGUCCGCUGGGCCUCGGCGGGGCCUCGGCUGUCCAGCUGGCCCUUGGCCCCCACACCUACCCUUGCUGGCAGGGGCAGAGACCCCAGGGGGAUUGGCUCUGUGGCUGGGGACCCACAAAAAUCUGGGCAUCUGA